AUGAAGACUGCUGCAAUUUUGUCCCUUCUUCCCCUGGCACUCGCCCUUCCAGGCCAGAAGCGCUCAGGUGGCUCUGCCCCUAUCCUGAAGCCCCGGGAUGUCGAGGCCCUUCUGGAGAACAAGUACAUCAUCAAGAUGAAGGAUGACGUAUCUCAGGCCUCUAUCGACCACGUGGAUGAGCUCUUCGAGGGCGAGGCCUACCAGAAAUGGGACGCAGAUAAGCAGUUCAAGGGCCUCGCCGCCCAGAUCUCUGAGGAGGCUCUUGAAGCCAUCGCCGAGUUGGAAGAUGUUGAGUAUAUUGAGCAGGAUGCCAUCAUCAAGAUUGACUACGUUCCGGAGGAGAUUUCCACCACUGAGACAGCCAAGCGUGCCUUGACCAGCCAGACUGCCGCCUCUUGGGGCCUGGGCCGGAUCAGCCACACCGCACGUGUUUUGACACCCUACGUCUACGAUACCUCCGCCGGCAGCGGAGUGUGCGCCUAUUUCGGUGGUCGGGCUACAUUCCUCGCCAACUAUGCCGACAGCAGCAACACUGACGGCAACGGGCAUGGAACCCAUGUCGCGGGCACCAUCGGUGGAAGCACAUACGGGGUGGCCAAGCAGGUCACUCUGUACGGUGUCAAGGUCCUAGACGCCAGCGGGUCCGGCACGAACUCGGGCGUGAUUUCUGGUAUCAACUACGUGGCGACCGAUGCCCCCAAGCGCUCGUGCUCCUCUGUUGCAAACAUGUCUCUCGGCGGCGCCAAGUCAACGGCAGUGAACUCCGCUGCUGCCGCCCUCGUCCGUGCCGGUGUGUUCCUUGCUGUCGCCGCUGGAAACAACGCGGCCAGCGCUGCCAACUACUCCCCUGCCUCCGAGACUACCGCCUGCACUGUCGGAGCUACAACCAGCUCAGAUUCCUUUGCGACCUAUUCUAACUACGGCUCUAUUGUGGACAUCCUUGCCCCCGGGUCCAGUAUCGUGAGCUCAUACAUCGGAAGUACUAGUGCAACCGCUACUCUGUCCGGAACCUCCAUGGCCUCUCCUCACGUCGCCGGCUUGGGCGCGUACUUCCUCGCCCUGCGGGGAUCCAUGACCCCCGCGGCGUUGUGCACUUACAUUCGCAACAACGCCAUCUCAGGCGUCAUCACCGGCGUCCCCUCCGGCACGCCCAACCUACUCGCCUACAACGGCGCCGCAUAA